AGCAGGAUACUAGCUGCUACUUACCUCCACGUACAUAUUACUAGGAUAGAAACAGAUAUUGCGAAGACUUCUGAAUCUGAGCACCGCCGCAACGUUAAUUCAACAAAGCUAUCAUACUAGCACUUUAUUUUAUCAACAUUAACAUUGUUGCUGCUUUCCACUACUUUCAUUUAAGUACAGAAUGCUUCGCGCCAGCUUGGUUCUUGUACUGCAGGCUUUGUCUCUGCAACACGAUGUGUUGAAUGGGUUCGGGCUGCGUUUGCAGAUGCAACCUAGUUCCCCGACUGGUCCUCGCUUAAACGUAAACGGAAGUGGCGGCGUCCAAUCCGGAGCGAUGUGGUCGCCUGACGGAAAGACACCGGCCGCCGAGGCGGGAGUAACUCGCACUGCUCCCCCCGCUGGGCGUGUGUUCGUGUCGCCGCAACAGUUAGAAGGUAAUGGACGGAGAAAAACUCGCGGCCCUCGCGGACGCGGUCAACGGAGGAGCCGGAGCAUAGGGAUGAGCGCAAUUCCUGAAAAUUCUGAGUUUCCUCCUGUGGCGAACCUUGAUAGUGAUCAUGCUAUGUUGCAGCGCCCUCGUGAGGACCCUCCGGCUCAGAUGUCGAUGGAGAUGGAGCAACGCUGCUUGAGUUGCAGCUCCAAUUCUCGGUGCCGUGAGUGCCUAUGUUCGGAGCAUACAGCAUCUGGCGCCUUUUGUGGAGGAGGCGCUGUUGCGUUUGCGGCAGGGACCAUACCAGGUUCCUGUUGCGGUUGCGGCGCUCUUGCUCCGUUUCUGGGACCAUACCAGACGGCUGCUUUUGCUGCUGGAGUAGGCUUUGCCGGCAUUGGUUGUGCCCGUAUGACAUAUUUGUCUGACCGACGUGGGGAAACUUAA